AUGGCUACACAAUUAGUCAAAGAAUGGACUGCAAUUCAGCAGUUUCCUGCAGCUACCCGGGGCAGAUUGCUUGAACUGUUGGAGAAAUUAAAGCAGGAGGUGAUUUAUGAGUUGAAAGCAGGGGGUGUAGACGAGAGGCGUUUGGUUGGUGCCAAGUUAGAGAAGCUGGCUGAGGGCGAGUCAGCUAUACGGGGUGGGAGUGUUAAACAGAUUAGCUUUUAUUAUUGGCAACUUUGGCGUAAUCGAUCUGCUGCUGCUGAAGCUCCACCGGCUGUGAAUAAUGUCGCCUCAGCUUUUAGUUCUCCUGCUCCAUCAACAAAAGGACGCCAUUUUCUGGUCAUAUGUUGUGAGAAUAAAACAUGGACAGGGAAGACAUCAAGAUGCUAG